CUUUACAACUCGUGCGACUCUACAGGAAAAAUGGGAAAGUCACAAAAGAAAAGGACGGGGAGGAGACAUAACCCUGUACGGGUACCAGAUGAUCACCUUGGACAUGGAUUGGCAGCGGCGAAGGAUUCAGUACCCGCGGACCGGGCCGCACAAGUCUUGCCUGUUAUGCAGAAGUUGAGUGCCCCAGACGCAGGAGACCGGACUUGGGCAUGCGCAGCUAUCUCAAAUCUCAUUUCCAACGAUCCUGGCACACGUCGGCUCCUGCAAGGCAAGAACGUCGUCGGCCAGCUGAUUACCAGGCUGAGUGACAGCGCUGAGGAGGUCGUGGUAGAGGCGAGCGGGGCACUAAGGAAUUUAUGCAUUGAUGGAGGCGUCGAGUUGGGAAGGGAGAUGUAUAACAAGAACGUACUAAGUCCGCUCAAGGCUUGCGUUCAGAAAAUGUCGACAACACUCGAUCGGAUCAUCUCUGACAUCCCUGCAGAGCCCGCCGAGAUCCCAGCCCGAAAACUUGUUUACCCCUUUGCGGAAAACGUGCUCACACUCUUUUGGUGCCUCUCCGAAACCUCCCAAAAGGCUUUAACAGCCAUCAACGCCCUCGACCUCCCUCCUUUCCUUAUGGCAUUCGUGCUCAACCGCGAGCGGAUUCCACUCAGCACCGUCAUCGCCGCUGCGCAGUGUUUGUACGUGCUUACGGACGACAAUGACCCGUUUGUGGAGAGCGUGCGGAGCUCGGGCGAGUGGGUAGGCGCACUCAUGGACUGCGCGCGUCAAGCAGAGAUACAACCGAAUGGAAUGAACGGGGUGAAUGGAGUGAACGGCUUUCCUAAGAAGGACAAGGCGAAACCACGGGAAGAUCCCGAGCGUCAAACAGAGCUGCGUGUCCUCGCCUGCGGCAUCCUUAGAAAUAUCAUUCCCCUUCCGUCGCUCCUCCCUGCAGCGGCAAUCGAUAUCGACGCGCAGAUCGUACUCCCCACUAUCAUCCCACUCCUUUCUCUUCCAUUGUCCGUCACGGCGGCUCGCGCAGUAGAACUGCAAGGCAAGACUACGGCCAAACCGUUGCCGAAGAAGAACCAGCCGCCGGGGAACGAUCACCUUACUGAAGAAGAGCAGGAGCUGGAAGGCAUAGAGCGCAGACUGCGUACGUUGCUCAUGGCCCUUGAGGUGCUAGCGGGUGUGUGCGCUGUGCUACCAGACGAAGUCCCACUGGCGACCGAGACUGAAGAGGCGGGGAUGGACGAGGACAUGGACGAGGACCUACCUCCCGAGGGCGGCGGGGAAAACGAAGGCGACGAACAUGAAGAAGAAGAGACACCAGUUGAACAUCCAGAGGCGAGCGAACCGGCGCUUCCCCUCCCAUCAGUGCUCCAAACGCUCCUCGCCCUUCCCUCUCAGCUCCUUCCUCUCAUCCCUCCACCACCGGUCUCCUACCUCUCCCCUUCACCUGUGCCGCCUAUCACCUCCGCUCUAGCACAGAUCCACCUCCGCGCGCUAGAGGCCUUGAGCAAUUUGUUCCUUGGAGCGGCUGCGUUUGGCGCGCCGGUGCCGAGGGAGACAAGGGAGGAAGUGUGGCGUGUUGUAUGGGAUGUCGUUAGCUUCGCUCAGCAGGGAACGCAACACGAUGCAGACAGCACGAUGAACAGCACCAUCCCCGAAGAAAUGCGGGAAGCGGCCGUUGGAGUGCUUUGGGCGUGCCUCGAGUCCGCCGGGUCGGACGCUACUGCCGACCUGGGGGUGCCGGAUGACACCGCGCAUAAACUUAUGCAGAUAUGCGCAUCCUCAGUGGACGAAGCUACGCGGGCGCGGUGUGUAGGAUCGCUUGCUCGGCUCGGGCAGCGCGCGGAUCCUCGGCACAAGGAGGAGAAUAAAAUGAUUGCGGUAUUUUUGUUCCACCCGUUCACACCGCCUUGCAAGUCACAGAGUGCACAGAUGACACUGGCACACAUGCAUGGAGUCAUCGACAUGUUCUCUGAUGAGACCAGCGCCAAUGAUGUGGUGUUCGACGAGCUUGGCUGUCUAGGAAGGAUGGAACAGGCUAGACAUUGGCUUAACCGAGAAGUGAGGAGAUGGAAAGGCAGGGAAAGGGAUGAAGGGAGGGUGAUGGUCACGGAGUGGACGAGGUUUGUGACAUGGCGGAAGAGUCUCCCGGAAGUGGGAGAACAGGAGGAUGCACUGAUGGAGUAGUUUUGGAGGAC